AAGCCAGUCAUGGAGAAGAAACGAAGAGCUCGAAUUAACAAGUGUUUAGAUCAAUUAAAAACUCUUUUGGAGAGCUGUUACAGCAGCAAUAUUCGAAAGCGCAAACUGGAGAAGGCUGACAUCUUGGAGCUGACUGUGAAACAUCUAAAGAACCUCCAAAAGAUCCAGAGCUGUAAGUAUCAGCCUCUUCAUCCACAUAUCAAGUUAGUGUUUUAUUUAACCCAGCUUGUAGACCCUGUCCUAACAUCCAGAUCUCUUUCUAAUCCCCCAGUUACCGCUGCUGCUGCCUCCGAGUUUUCUGAAUACCAAACAGGCUUCCGUAGCUGUCUAUCAAACGUCAACCAGUACUUGGUCAUGGCAGACACUAUGAACGCAAUGGACCACUGGAUGUUAACACAGCUUUCCAGUAAACUGAGCCGCUCUGUGGGGCGUGGAGGAGUUUCCAGCACCAUGGACAGCGCACCGACCCCGGCUGAGCCUCAGGAGGAGCCGCGGAGGCUUCUUCCACUUCCUGGUUCUCCCGAGGAGGCGAAAACGACCAGAACCAAAGCACCGGAAACGCACACUACCAGCAAGUCACAGUGUCUUCACAGCGAGGUCUCACGACAGUCGCCUGCGGUUAAACGUGCUGCACCAUCUACCCACGCCGCAUGUUCGAGUCCCAAGACGCAUCGCUCUGUCAUCACCGCGAAUAAAGCUGUGAACAUUCAGAACAGCGUCUGGAGGCCUUGGUAGAACUGACGAAAGACUGUAGAUUGGCCCAGAACCCUUUAUUGCACUGUAGAGAUUUAAAAAUGUUUAAGGUAUAUAGACAAUGUUUUGUGUUUUUAUUUUUAUAAUAAAAGUUGUUGAAAUAAAGUCGUUUCUGUCAGUUUGAAGCCUCGGAGAAAAAGGUUUUUCUUUGGAGGAGAAAGGUCUUUGAGUGUAGACUGUGCACCUGAUCUGUAAAACUUUACUGUUCUUUUCCUCCGUUUUCAGUUGAAUGCCAUAAAGUUUGGUCUCAUUGUUCCAGAGAAGAACCGAGGAGGAAGAUGGCACCUUUAAAAAUCUCCUAAAUAAACGCCCACCUCCCUUUAAGAGCACACAUGUUUAAAAGAGGAGCUCCUCUGUAGAGGAAGGAGGCUCCCCACGAGGGCGGAGCAGAGGAUAGAGCAGCUUUGAAUGGAUACAUUUUAAAAAGAUAAAUGAAAUAACGGGAAAUCAAAAACAACAUUUCAUAUUUUAGAUAAAUGUCCAUUUGACGAUGAAGGAAAGAAAACAACAAGCAGGUGUUUCUCAAAUGGUGGCUUGUCAUCCAAAGAUGAGUCACAUGGAAUCAUUUAAUGGACAACUCAUUUUUUAAGUUUAUUCUUCAGUGGUCAGAGUUAAUUACUCACUUCCCAAU